AUAACUUGCUGCUGAAGCGGACAAGUACAAAGAGGCUGCUGGUGGUGCAGACGGGACGUGUCGUGUGCCACGGGGUACAACCUCGUAGAGUUUGACGUUAAGUUGCUACGUUAUCCGGACGAUUUACCCUGCAAGAAUUUGACUCCAAGGACAAUCAGUUGAAUUAACAGUGAGGAGGAGUUACAUUCAAGUCCAGAAAGAGCUCGGGAGACACUUGGCGUCGGUUUGCAGGUUGCAUGGUAAUCUGGACUUGAUGCAUGGCAGUUGCAUGACCGCAGUAGGUCUUGUUGUGGGACUGAGAGCACACAGCUGCAGCCAUGGCUCAAACCAUGCACGUGAAUGGCAAUGGCCCAGAAAAAGGACAAAGAUGCCCAAGCACAGAAGACGAGAAGGACUCUGUGGCCCCCUACUAUGUUGAAACUCCCUAUGGUUAUCAGCUAGACCUGGACUUCCUUAAAUAUGUCGAUGACAUUGAGAGGGGCAACACCAUUAGGAAGCUGAGUAUCCAGAGGAAGCCCAAAGUGGCCAAACCCUUGUCGGUGCCUCGGGGAAGCACUGGCGGGGGCAGCACUCAGGCUGAAUGGACCUCCACAGACUCCCUGUCCUCUUCCAACAGCGACGACAAGCAGUCACCAGUCUUCUUCAACUCCAGGCCCCAGAUUGCUGUGCCGCUGACCCCCACCCUCUCCAGGGCAACCUGUGAAGCACCCCUGCAACAAUCCUACUUGAGCCUCGCAGAGCAGAAACAGCUCCUGCCACCUCCUUCGCCCAGGUUUGCUCCUCGUCACAACCCACAGGUGGAGAGGACCCUCAUGGAGACGCGUCUUCGACUCGAACAGGAGCGUCUGCUCAUGCAGCCGCACAGUGAGCCUCCGAUGCCCCGCCGCCGUCUCGCCAGCUUUGGCGGUAUGGGCUCCAGUAGCUCGCUGUCCUCUUACUCAGGCUCCAUUGCCCCAAGCCAGAUCUCCCCCAGCACCCAUCAGCCUCUUCUAAUCAAUGGUCACCUCCCCAAUGGAGAGUAUAACCCCUACUACCCGCCAUCCAUGGGGAGCUCCAUCCGCCACAGCCCCAUGAGCUCAGGCAUGGCCACACCUGUGACAAAUGUCAGUCCAUUACACCUUCAACAAAUUCGGGAGCAGAUGGUUGUGGCCCUCAAGAAGCUGAAAGAGCUAGAGGAGCAGGUGAAAACCAUUCCUAUCUUACAGGUUAAGAUUGCAGUUCUUCAGGAAGAGAAAAGACAGUUGGCUGCUCAGUCCAAAAAUCAAGGUCCUGGUGGCUUCCGUAAGCGUUCCUACAGUGUAGGCAGUGCUGACCAAAUGGAGAACCCGGGCCCCAUCCAAAAGGAAACAGAACUGCACAUCAUGGAGCCUGAAGCCCAGGAACAGAGCGCUCAGCGGCUGGAGGAGUUCAGACGUCUGGCUGCUGACGUCCAAGCUCUGGAAAAGACAACCCAGGACAAUAAUAUUAAUGAAAUUCAGCCUCAUACUCUCACACAAAACCAGGCCCACCAAAAGUCCAUUGGCAUAGUUACUGAUGAAAACAUGAACAACCUUCCUGCCACUCACAGAAAGCUGACAAAUGAACAUUGUUUCCGGGAUGCGGGAGUAUCGACGGAGCGGCAGGAAAUGCGCAGCGCUGCGGUCGGUGUGACCGAGGCCAUGCUGGGCAUGACCAGUGAAGCUGAGAAAGAGAUUGAGCUCCAGCAGCAAACCAUUGAAGCACUGAAGGAGAAGAUCUACCGCUUGGAGGUGCAGCUGAAAGAAACUACUCACCAAAUAGAGAUGGGAAAGCUAAAACUGGAGCUCCAAGCAGCCGGUGGGUCAAACAAGAAAAAAGCAGACAAAGGUUUGAUGGCCAGGCCUGAGAUGUACAAUGCCUGUGUAGAGGCCAAAGUCCAGAUGCGCAGCCAGGGAGUGGGUGACCAUCUGGAAUUCAGCCAUGCUAACACAGCUAAAACUCUACAAAGCCACACUAUAGGAGUGUCCUGUCAACCCAGUGUGCAGAGUGUUGCCACCGGCCCAGAGAUCCCUAUGGACCGGUGGGUGGUGCAUGAGCGUGUGGAGGUAAAUGAUCAGUGUGUAGGGAGAUGGGUGGAGACAUGUCACCAGCAGGUAGGCAUGGAGCUGAAUGUUUGUGAAGUGGGAGUUAACACAGAAGAAUCAGUAGACAGCUUGGCUCUCUGCAAAGCCAUGGCGGAGUUGAGCAAAGAGUCGAGAUCAAUUGGCUGCGGAAAUUGUUCAGUGGAUGUGAUCGUUAGUCCUAUCAAGACGCUGGUGUCACAAGGAACUGACCCAGAUUUAAUCAGCAAAGUGGACUCUAGUGUCAUGGCUGCUCCUGAGUCAGCAACUCAGCAGACAAAUACUGAGAUAGAGGUUGCGAGCAAAUCCACCAACACAAAAACAGCUGUCCUGACUGACUCUUUCACUGAUAUGGUGUUGAUCACUUGUGACAAGCACACCAACACGGCUGUGGCUGAAACGAGGACGGUUGCUGCUGGAGAAGGACUUGUCAAAGAUGUUCACUCAACAGCAAAGAUGCGUUCGAUCGCUGUUGGAACCACCACAGAUGUGGAGUCAUUCCUCAGCAAAGAUAGCUCUACUAAAACCAAAGAAUGUGGGGUGGGACCAGUUAGCAUCCAUGAGAACUUCUUGGUUGGCUUAAAAACCAGGAACAUAGCAUGCGGCCCCUCCCAGCCAAGUGAAUCUGUCACAAGUAGCAGCAAAGAGACUCUGGAGGUUAAGACUGAGGCUGCAGCAAUGCAAGCUCAGGCCCAGGGGGGCGCCGGACUGGAUCAUUACAUCGAGAGGGUGCAGAAGCUGCUGCAGGAACAACAAAUGCUGCUAGCUGACAACUACAGCGAGCUUGCAGAAGCUUUUGGUCAGCCCCAGUCCCAGUUUGGAUCCAUCAACAGUCAGCUGGUCAGCACGCUCUCGUCCAUUAACACGGUCAUGAAGCAUGGAAGCGCUGAGGACAUCCUCAAGCUGCAGUCAGACUCUGGGAACUCAAACAAAGAUUGCAGUCAGCAGCUCUGCGCCCAGUCACUGUCUGUUCAACCAGAGCGGUCACAGAUGGAGAAGACUUUAUCAGGCCUCACUCCUGCAGAUAAACCUGCCAGCACAACUGCACAGCAGCAGCAGAUCAGUGCAGCGGAGCAGAAGAGCCGCAUGGAUCUGCAGAUGUCUACAGCACUACAUGGGCAGCCAUGCAGCCAGAACACCCUGAAAUCCAUCAUGAAGAAGAAAGAUGGCCGUCCCGACUCCAACGGCACCAAGAAGAACCUGCAGUUCGUCGGGGUGAACGGAGGGUACGAGACUACAUCAAGUGACGACUCCAGCUCAGAGGACAGCAGCUCCUCUGGGUCGGAUGAGGAGGAUGAGGAUGAGGAGAAGGAGUACGGAGGAAAGGAGGAAUAUAAGAACGUGGAGGGAGGGAGCACCAGGGAGGUGUUCCAGCCUGAGGGAGCAGAGGAUGUGAAUAAGAAGGACGAAGAGGAAAGUUCAGAGAAGCAGGAGAUGAGAGAGAGGUAUGAGCUAAGUGAGAAGAUGCUGGCUGCUUGCAACAUUCUCAAAACUCACCUCAGUGACCCGAAGGCUGUGAGCAGUAAAGAUGUGAGAGCCUGUCUGAACACAGUGCAGCACGAGUGGUUUCGUGUGUCCAGCCAGAAGGCGGCGGUGGCGGGCAUGGUGGAGGACUACCUGGGGGCCUUCGGGGCCGUCUCGCCGGCCGUGCUGCGCCACAUCGUCAACAUGGCCGACGGCAACGGCAACACGGCGCUGCACUACAGCGUGUCGCACUCCAACUUUCAGGUGGUGAAGAAGCUGCUGGAUGCAGAUGUGUGUAACGUGAACCAGCAGAACAAGGCGGGAUACACACCCAUCAUGCUGGCCGCGCUGGCCGCAGUGGAGACGCCCAAGGACAUGCGUAUUGUGGAGGAGCUCUUCAGCAAGGGCGACGUCAACGCUCGAGCCAGCCAGGCUGGUCAGACGGGGCUGAUGCUGGCGGUCAGUCACGGCAGGAUGGACAUGGUUCGGGCCCUGCUGGCUCACGGGGCCGAUGUCAAUGUCCAGGACGACGAGGGCUCCACGGCGCUGAUGUGUGCCAGCGAACACGGACACGUGGAGAUCGUCAAACUGCUGCUGGCUCAACCCGGCUGCGACGCCACGCUGAGUGACAGCGAUGAGAGUAACGCCCUGUCCAUCGCUCUGGAAGCAGGACACAAGGACAUUGCAGUGUUGCUUUAUGCACAUGUCAACUUCUCCAAGGGCCAGUCACCGGGGACCCCUCGACUCGGCAGAAAGAUGUCACCAAGUCCCACUCGGAGGGGCAUGUUCGAUUAGAGGCCCCGCCUCCCCCUACAAACCCUGCGCUGCUAUUGGUUCACGCUGAACGAUGCCUUACCCACAGCUGGAUGCAAGCACCAACCAACCAACCAACCAAUGAGAUUUCUGGAAAUGUUCUUUAUUUAUGUGCACACUUGCUUCCAUGACGAGCCCAAAGUGCCCUUUGAAUAUGAAUGUAACCAGCUGGUGCCUCAGAUUCUCAUCAGAUUCUGGCUGAAGUGUCUCAAACAAUCAGCAAACCAACACGGACACAAAUUCAACUACUAAAUGCCAUUUUUCCCUUCUUUUUGUUCAUUUUUUUGUUUUGAUUUUUGCAAUUUGACAACUUUUUUAUUUUAUUUCUAAAGCUCAAUGUUGAUCAUUCAAGAGCACCAAAACAACUUCAUUUGUGAUUCAAUUUUUCUUUUUUGAGUGCAUCAGAGUAGACAGAUGGAGAAUAAUCCACCCACAUGUAAGAGGAAAUAUUUCCUGUAUAUAUUGCUCGCCUCGACAUCCCAGUCUCACACAUGUGCGCCCAGCUCUACAGUACAUGGACAACUGAUGUGGAUGGAUGCAUUAAUGAAUAGACGUGACCUAGACUGGAGAAAUUGUACUUUUAUACAAACCCUUUGUAUCUAUUUAAAAAGAAGAAUCACAGUAUUUUGAAUAUUUCCUAUUACUACUUAACGACCCAUGAAGUUAUAUAUUUAUCAAAAGUAUAGUUUUUAAUGCAGAUAUAUGUAUUUCAUUGUACAUACGGUAGUCAUUAGAGUUUAGUUAUUCUCCUUUUUGUCUUCGUGUCCAGUUUCUUUCUGUCCGUCUCUCAUGUGUAAUAUAAGCUGUCUGUCCUCUAGUUUUCAUCAAGGUACUGACUUUCAUCCUCAAAUGAGAAUUGAAGUGCCUGAGACUUUGCCAUAUAACAAUAAACAUCAAUUAAAGUAUA